GCUGUGGUUGCCCGGUUAAAAUGUGUUUAGUAAACGUGUUUUAUAAGAUUAGUAAUGUUAGUUAUGUCAAUUGUUGCUUAGUGGAUAUGGAAUGACUUUUUAAAUUUUCAAAAAGCUAGACAAUGCCGGAGUGGGCGUGGUUGGUGGGGGCAGCGCUGUUCGGCGCGGCGUCCGCGCUCGCCGUGCCGCUGCUGCUGCUGCUGUACUACAUCAGACCCUUCGAGAAAAGCCCGCCAGUACACGAUGACUUCAGCAUGCCCAUUACGCUGCCCCCAGAGAUCCUGAAUGAACUGACCCGGGGGGCGGGCAGCACACCCGAGGGUGCUCUCAACGCGAUGCUGCAGUUCAUCUUCCAGCAGAGUACAGCAGAUACUCGCUGGCUGAGAAGACGGAUGGCUUCGGAGCUGGCAGAGCUACUGGCUAAGACCUCCUCGGGGAAGAUUUUUGAGUCUUUGACGUUACGUUCCCUGGAGGUGGGCACGGAGUUCCCCAGCAUCACGAACCUGCGUCUGGUGAACGGCGAGCUGGAGGACGACGGGGCCAGGCUCCGCUCGCUGGACCUCAAGCUGGACCUGGCCUACGACGGCAGCUUCCGGAUAGAGGUGGACGCCGUCAUGCUGUUGGGGAAGAUAGCUAAUAUUUCUAUUACAGUCGAACAUAUCAGCGGCAACGUGCGCGUGAUGUUCCGCCGCACGCCGUACACGCACUGGGCUCUGGCCUUCGAGGCACCACCGAAGCUUGAGCUCCGAGUGCGAGGCCGCUUCCAGGGGAGGCAGCUCAAGCCGAGACUGGCCGCCCUCGUCGCCGCGCACAUACGGCGAGCGGUCGCACAAAGACACACGCUUCCUAAUUAUAAGAUAAGGUAUAAGCCAUUCUUCCCGAAGUCGGAGCCAGGGAGCGCGGAGGGCGAGGAGGGGCCGACGCCGCACGGGAAACUCACGGUGCGCCUGGUGGAGGUCACGCGCCUGCAGUGGGGGGGAGGGAACGGCAUCGUCCGCGCCGCACUCGCUGUGGACUCGCAUGCUUGGGUAUCACUCCGUCGUGGCAUUCUAGUUCUGGACGUGGUGCUACCAGCAGUAACGGGCCCCCUAGGUCUGGUCUGCUGCCAGGGUGUGGGUGCGGUGCUGGUCGACACAGUCGUGCCGAUGUCCCCCGCGUAUCGAGCUGACCUGCGCCGGGACGACGUGGUGCUAGCUAUCGAUAAUAAACCUGUCAAUAAUGUCGCACAGGUAGGCAAAUUAUUACGUAUGGUAGAACGGCGAGCGGUCACGGUGCGAGUACGCAGAGGAGGCAGCGGGAACUCCACGCGAAGAGAGGAUGAGCCCAAGAAGCUGAGGACCAACUUCUCCUUCAGAAGAGUCUCGGAGGUGAUGGAGGGAGUCCGAAUGCAGGGCAUGGGGAAGAACGCCUCAAAGAGUAGUUUGACGGAUUCAGACUCCUCCGCCAAAGUGACUGAUCAACAAAGCGAAUCGGAAACGCCGGUGAAACAGAAAACGGAGCCUCUUAGGCAGGUGCCCAAAGCAAACGAACAGGGACCAGCUAACUUCGGCCUCCGCAAGCGAAGGUGUUCCGUAGAAAAUAAGUCCUCAGAUAGCUCGGCCGGAAGCACCCCACCUGCCUCCGGAGCCAGCACUCCUCUCCGACAGGCUACAGUCAUCAACAAAACUGUCAAACACCCAGAUAUACCAGUAAUACGAACAGACUCCGAAUACAAAAUCCAGGAGAAACCAGAAAUCACGUUAGAAGAGGACGAAACCCAAUUCGAAGCUGGAGGCCCAAGGCAGACGGAGCACCUGGAAAUUUGCCAAAUGUUUUGGACUAAGAGUGUCCAAAUCAAACCCAUAAUACCUUUCGAUGAGGAGACGGAGUUCAAAUUGAACGAAAACCACAAGUACCUGAACGUGAAUGUGUGGGCGACUGUACCUGGAGAGAAAGAGGAGAUAUUGCUAGGAUACCUGAAUAUACCCCUAGCUGCUCUGCUCUCCGAGUGCCAGGACUCCACUGUCCCGCAUCAUAUGAAGAGAUAUCAGUUUCUACCUCCAGACGUAGAUAUUAAGUUUAGUAAAAGCCACAAGCUCUCCUCCCACGCGGGUUUCGAGCCGUGCCUGUGUUUUGGGGACGCGCUAGUGUGGUGGGAGUGGGAGGAUGCUGGCAGCGCACGCGCAGCGCCACGACCGGCUCGAGGCGCGACGCCGCCGCGGACGCAGCCCGCACGCACUGUACACGACUUCGUACGCACACACUUCCACAGAUCUACGCAGUGCGACUUUUGUAAUAAGAAGAUAUGGCUCAAAGACGCGAUGCAAUGUCGGAACUGCGGGCUGUGCUGUCACAAGAAGUGCGUCACGAAGUGUCAGGAGACCUCGCCCUGCGUGCCGCGACAGGAUAGAGACUCCUCAAGUUCCACCUGCCAGCCUCCAGAGCUGAUCAUGACGGAACCCGACAUCAUCAUAGACCCCGACUCCGAUGACGACGAGAAAUCAGAGAGAAAAGACUCCUUGGACGUUCAGGAAGAAGGUGGCGGUGCCAUGAGCGCGCUGGUGGCGGGGCUGCGGCGCGCAGGCUCGGCGCACUCCCUCUACGCGCCCAAGAGCAACGCCUCCUCGCGUUCCCUGCCGCCCUCGCCUAGCCAUACACCCAGGAAACAGUCGCUUGAGGCUGGCAACCCGUUUGCGGGCUGCGGCGCGGCGUGGGCGGCGCGCGCGGGCGUCAGCGCCAUGAUACAGCCCGCGCUGCGCAGCGCGUUACCCCCCGACGCCCUGCUGGCUGCUGCGCGCGACUCCGCCCCUGACUUGGCCGCUAAACUCACGGCGAGCCAGAUACAUGAAAUGCUGCAAGCUGUCCGCGAGGAGCUGUCGGCGUUGGACGCGCACGGCGACGACGGAGGCGAGGGCCGCGCGUGCGCGCUCACCGCGCUCAUGCUGCACUGCUGCGCGGCCGCACAGCUCGCUCAGAGAGCUGAACCUACCUGAAUUAUACGCGUACAUUAUCGAAUGUGGUUUUUUUUAUUAAGGGUAACAGA